AUGGCCAGUGGAGCACCAGGAGGAAAUUUCAGAACAUGGACACCAACACCACCCGAGAGAGGUUCGUUUCCUCUUGAUCACGAUGGGGAAUGUAAGGAACAAAUGAUGAAGUAUCUCAAGUGCAUGAAAUUCACAGAGAACAAGAAUGCUCCAAACUGUCGGAUAUUAGCAAAAGACUAUUUAAAGUGCAGGAUGGACAACCAGUUGAUGGAUAAAAGUGAUUGGGAUUCGCUAGGGUUAAUAAAUCUACCAGGAGAUAAAGAAAAUCAUAGCAAGACAAAUCCGGCAGGGGAGGAGAAAACAAAACCGAGGAACUGA